UGUUCGACUACGGUGUACAUCCGCGACGACAUGUCGGGUGAGCGCAAUCCGGAGAAGUGGCGAGCCGACGUCAGGGUCAAAACAGAGGGCCACUGUUGCAGACUCGAAGGAAGCAGAAGCCUACACGGAGCCGGAUCACUUCAUUGAUCGAAAGAUUAAUUUACAGUGUUCCGCCCAGUACGCGUAUCUGAACUGAAGUGACAAGUGAGAGAGGUAUCAAUGGCGGUUUCUAGAGUAAGAGCUUCUUUUGCGCAGUACAUGAUCAAAUCUAAUUUCAAACAUUUUCCGGGUGAGACUGCGACGCCUUCCGUGCGUAGAUUCUUCUCUGCGGAUGCUUUGGCUUCGUUCCAGAGUGUUGGAUUCAUUGGACUGGGAAAUAUGGGAUCCAGAAUGGCAAAUAAUCUAAUAAAGGCUGGAUACAAAAUGGUUGUACAUGACAUAAACCGUGAUACCAUGAAGAAGUACUCAGAUAUGGGAGUUUCCACCAAGGAAACACCCUUUGAAGUUGCAGAAGCUUCUGACAUUGUCAUUACGAUGCUACCCUCUUCUUCUCAUGUACUUAAUGUUUACACCGGUUCUCAUGGUUUGCUCCAUGGUGGCAGUCAUCUGAGGCCGUGGUUAUUAAUAGAUUCAUCCACCAUUGAUCCACGAACAUCAAGGGAGCUUUCUGCGGUUGUAUCUGGCUGUAGUUUAAGGGAAAAGAGAGAUUCUUGGGGAAACCCUGCCAUGUUGGACGCCCCUGUAUCUGGAGGGGUUUUAGCUGCUGAUGCUGGGAAACUGACGUUCAUGGUCGGCGGUUCUGAGGAAGCCUACCAUUCUGCAAAAUCCUUAUUCCUUUCAAUGGGCAAAAGUUCAGUAUAUUGUGGUGGAGCAGGAAAUGGUUCGGCAGCAAAGAUCUGCAACAACUUGGCAAUGGCUGUGAGUAUGCUUGGUGUUUCAGAAGCUUUGGCUCUAGGCCAGUGUCUCGGAAUUUCUGCAAAUACUCUUACAAAAGUAUUCAAUUCAUCAAGUGCUCGCUGUUGGAGUAGUGAAAGUUACAAUCCAGUUCCUGGUGUGAUGGAGGAGGUGCCCUCUGCAAGAAAUUAUGAUGGUGGGUUCGCAUCAAAGCUUAUGGCUAAAGAUCUAAACCUUGCAGCAGCAUCUGCUGUUGAGAUCGGCCUGAGACAUCCACUGACCUCCAUGGCACAAGAGAUAUACAAUAAGCUGUGCGAAGAUGGAUAUGAAAACAAGGACUUCUCCUGUGUUUUUCGUCAUUUUUACUCGGGCGAGGACGAGUUAUAAACUGAGCCACAUCGUGUUCGAGUUGCACUCGGAGCUGCAUUGAGUUCAAUCAUCUGUUACUCUUGAUGAACUCAACCGUGGUACUUGCGUAAGUAAUUUGAACCAAGGAUGAAAAGGGGUAUAAUAAAUUAUGUAGUUUUCUCAGGGGCUGUAGUCUUCUAAAUGUUCUGCGGAGUUCUCACUGGUUACUAUUUAGAAUUAGGAGUCGAUUUCUACCCCGUGAGGAACAUUGUGUAUUCAUUUGGUAACGUUUCUGUUUCUUGUUUAAUAAAAAGAAAAUAUAUAGUU